CGACAGGAGAAUGCUAUGCGGUUCUAUGGGGAAUUAGUCACUUUCGAGCCUAUUUGUAUGGGCGGAAGUUCACGCUGGUCACCGAUCAUGAGCCAUUAUUAGCCCUGAAGAAAUCUAAGGAUUACUCGGGCAUGAUCGGGAGAUGGGCAACGGUCUUACAGAGCAUGGACUUUGACAUUCGUCAUCGGAAGCACGAGAGGCACGGGAAUGCUGACGGGCUGACACGACUGCACCGACCCGAGAAGGUCCUCAAGAGUGAGGAGGUGAUUCCGUGGAACAAGUCGAAGGAUGAGAACGGACCGCGCGCCCUGCCAUCGCGGCAGGAGUACUUGAAGCUAGCCGGAAUCAUCAAUCUCGCCUUUUAUCCAAAGCAAGAUUCAUCCGAGGAGGCAGGAGAUGAAGAAGUCACCGAGGAAGAGGACGACGCCGAAGAAGAAACGCCAGAGGAAGGGAGUUAUAGCGAGCACAGCGAAGGGGAGCAGAGUGUAGAGGAAGGAGAAGAAGAAGAAGAAGAAGAAGAAGAAGAAGAAGAAGAAGAAGAAGAAGAAGAAGAAGAAGAGGAGGAAGUCGGAUCGGAGUGGGAGGCCUUGCCGGAAGAAGCAGCGCGCACAGGCAUGGAGGCGGAAGAUCCCGAGGCGGAACGUAGAAAGGAAGAGAUCGUCGUCGGGAAAAGCCAGCUGGAGUUCGCCAGCGAGGCGAACCUGCGCAUCGUCAACGACUCGACCAGGGAUCCAGAGCCCCCCGAGCCCGAAGAUGGCGGCCCAGCAACCGCGGCUCCGAGCGCAUCGCGACGGAGACGGAGCCGAUCCCCCUCCCCCUCCGCUCCAGCCCGUCCCCCAGUUCGUCCACGUACCGAUGCGGGGGAUCGGCCUUCGUCCCCGGUCAUUAUCCCGCCGUCCCCUUGAUUACCUCACCCUCUGUCAGAUCUCUACCCCCGUC